AUGACAAAUGCAACCGACCCCAUCGCCCUCGCAGGCGCACUGCUCGACCCUCAGCACAUCUCGCAGCACUGGCCAGCAGCGACCGCCGGCCUCGUCUUCAUCGUCUUCGCCUUGCUCGCGCAGAGCUGGCUCAAGGUCGACCCCGUAGCCCACGUCCCCGUCGUGGGAAAGGGAGGGAAAUGGGCCCGGAGGAAGGCGUAUAACCAGGGCCAAGGACCUCGGCUCUACGCCGAUGGUUACAAGCAGUUCAAGGACAGCAUUUUCCGCAUCACGACGUCCAAGAGUGGGUGCAGAAACUACAAGUCGACUUACAUCCCCGCUGACUUGGACCUCUCAGAGAAGGAUACCAUCUGUGUGCCACCCAAAUAUCUCCCUGAAUUGAAAAAGGUCCCCGACGAUGUCAUUAGCUUCACCAGGGCCAUUGACGAGUCUAUGCAAGUCAAGUACACCAAGAUGCCAAACGACAUGCCCAUCUUGAUCCACGCCAUCAGAGCGUCCUUGACUCCAGCUCUACCCCGCCUCAACGCAGCCAUCUCAGACGAAGUCAACGACUCGAUGCGCCUCGAGCUCCCCCAGUCAAGCACCUGGACCGAGGUCAACAUCAACGCAAAACUCCUCCGCAUCAUCGCAAUGGCCUCGGGCCGCGUCUUCAUCGGCUCCGAACUCUGCCGCGACGAGCGCUACCUCGACGCCUCCAUCAGCUACACCAUAGACCUCAUGACCGCCGUCCACGUCAUCGCCCUCGUCCCGUCCUUCCUCCGUCCCCUGCUAGCCUCCUGGCUGCCCACCACGAAAAAGCUUUACAAGCGCCUCGCGGACGCCGAGGCCGUCUUCCGCCCCAUCGUCGCGGCCCGCAAGGCGGAGGCGGCCGCGCAACGGGAGGACGACCCGGGCUACCGAGAACCCGACGACAUGCUCCAGUGGAUCCUCAACGCCCAAGACAAGUUUGGGGCGCUCAGCGACCGCGAGCUCGCGCACGCGCAGCUCGGUAUCAGUGUUGCCGCCAUUCACACCACCUCCAUGACGACCACCAACGCCGUCUACUGGCUCGCGGCCAAGCCCGACAUGAUCCCCAUGCUCCGGGACGACGUCCAGCAGGCCCUCGUCGAGUCCGGCGGGGGGUUUACGUCCGGCGCGCUGCAGAAUAUGAAAAAGCUCGACAGUUUCCUCAAGGAGGUCAUGCGCUGCACCCCACUCUCAGCAACUUCCUUCACCCGCAAGGUCCUCAAGGACGUAACCCUCCCCAACGGCCAAACCAUCCCCGAGGGCAUGUUCAUCGAGGUGCCCGCCGACGGCAUGAACAACGACCCGGACAUCUUCCCGGACCCACACGUCUUUGACCCCCUCCGCUUCUACAAGCUGCGCGAGGCCAAAGAGUUGGCCGCCGCCUCGGGCCCAAAGGCGGCAGAGGUCGUCGUGCAGGCCCAGUUUGUCAGCGUCGGCACCACGCACCUGACGUUUGGCUACGGGAAACACGCGUGCCCGGGGCGCUUCUUCGCCGUCAACGAGAUCAAGAUGAUCAUAGCCAAUAUCCUGUGCAACUACGAGAUCAGGAUGCCCGAGGGCAUGACGGAGAGAUAUGAGAAUUUGGCUUUUGGCUCUUCUAUUGUGCCGGAUCCCAAGAAGACCAUCAUGAUCAGGAAGCUGUAG